GAUGGGAACGGCGGCGGCGGCGGCGGCGGCGGCGGCCUUGGGGGCUGAGGUGGGCGUGCGGAUCGCACUGCUCGCGGCCUUCCUGGUAACAGAGCUGCUCCCUCCCUUCCAGAGGCUCAUCCAGCCGGAGGAGAUGUGGCUGUACCGGAAUCCGUAUGUGGAAGCAGAAUAUGUCCCCACCAAGCCGAUGUUUGUUAUUGCAUUUCUCUCUCCACUGUCUCUGAUCUUUCUGGCCAAAUUUCUCAAGAAGGCAGACACAACAGACAGCAAACAAGCCUGCCUGGCUGCCAGCCUUGCCCUGGCUCUGAAUGGUGUCUUUACUAAUACAAUAAAACUGAUCGUAGGGAGGCCACGCCCAGAUUUCUUCUACCGCUGCUUUCCUGAUGGACUAGCCCAUUCUGACCUGAUUUGCACAGGGGAUAAGGACGUAGUGAAUGAGGGCCGAAAGAGCUUCCCUAGUGGACAUUCUUCCUUUGCAUUUGCUGGUCUGGCCUUUGCUUCCUUCUACCUGGCAGGGAAGUUACACUGCUUCACACCACGAGGCCGUGGGAAAUCCUGGAGGUUCUGUGCCUUUCUGUCACCUCUACUUUUUGCAGCUGUGAUUGCACUGUCCCGUACCUGUGACUACAAGCAUCACUGGCAAGAUGUACUAGUUGGAUCCAUGAUUGGAGUAACGUUUGCCUACGUUUGCUACAGACAAUACUAUCCUUCUCUGACUGAUGCAGAAUGCCAUAAACCACUUCAGGACAAAGUUGCAUUUCCCACUGCACAGAAAAAGCUUGGUGAUUCUUAUUGUUUUGAUAUCUGAAAACUAAAUCUACCUCAUUGGAGAAUAGUGAGUAAGACAGGAAAGAAAAAUUACAGAUGAUCACUACCUGAAGGACAAAUGAAUCACUCUUCUGCCCCUUCUAUACAACAGGAUAAGGAACAAUUACUAUGGGACCUACAGCUACCUUUUUCUUUAUUGUGAUUAUACAUGAAAUAUGACUCUGCCUUAUACAGACCUUUCUAUCACCUAAUAUUCAAAUAAAACAGUGAAUGUGUA